AUGAGGGUCGACUCGCCUGCGAUCGCUCGAAGGGCUCAGGCGGUGUCUCCUGGGUCAUUGCACUCUGUCGCUUCUCCUGCUGAGUCGGUGAAGGCCUCGCCAGCGUCCAAGUACGAGCGGCUCGAGUCCAACAUUGGCGAAGGUACCUACGGCAAGGUGCACAAGGCUCUCCACACCAAGUCUGCCCAAGUGGUCGCUAUAAAGAAAGCGAAGGUUUCGGCUGUGGACCGGGACAUCGGUGGAGUCGGCUUCACCGCCCUCCGAGAAAUCAAGGUGAUGAAGGCCGUGCGCCAUCCAAAUGUCAUGGGCUGCCUGGAUGUCUUUGCAGAACGUGGCAUCCUGCAUCUAGUAAUGGAGUACAUGGAUGGUGACCUGAAGAAGGUCAUCGAGGACAAAGCUCUGGCACUCUCCGAGGCACACUGCAAGUGCCUGGCGAAGCAGCUGCUGCAGGGCCUCAGUGCGCUUCACGAGCGCUUCUUUGUCCACCGAGAUGUUACUCCAAACAAUGUUCUCCUGAACUUCCAGAGUGGAGUUGCCAAGCUAAGCGAUUUUGGCUUCGCGCGCAUCAUCGGCCAGGACAACGACAGGCCGAUGACUGGGUCUUGUACCACUCUGUGGUACCGUGCGCCGGAAUUGCUCUUCGGUGCGAAACACUAUGGUCAGGCUGUUGACGUUUGGAGCAGCGGCUGCGUCGUUGCGGAAAUGUUGAUGCGGGAGGCAAUGUUCCCGGGGCGCGGGGAGUUUGAGAUGCUGCAGAAGAUCAUUGAGCGGCGCGGGACGCCUUCGGAAGAAGUUUGGAAGGAUGUGUCUUCCCUGCCGAACUUCGUGGAGUUCACUCCCCACCCGAAGGCGCAGAUGGAUCAAAUCCUUCCAAAUGCGUCGCCGGCCUCACAGGCCUUCGCAGACUUGCUGCUGACCCUGGAUCCCAAGCAGCGCCCCAGUGCUGCCGGGGCCCUGGCCCACGAGGCUCUGAAAAUGGCCCGACCUUUGCCAUGCGCGCCGACCGAGCUCCCCUUCGUGAGAAGAAGUGGAUAG